AUGGCAACUAACGAGAUCGUCAAUCGAGAGCUCAAGAAGCCUAUCACUGUCGCUGAGUAUCUCUUCCACCGUCUGCAUGAGGUGGGAGUUCGCUCAGUGCAUGGUGUUCCUGGUGAUUACAACCUUGCAGCCCUAGACUUUCUGCCAAAAUGUGGUCUCAACUGGGUCGGAAACUGCAAUGAGCUCAAUGCGGGUUACGCUGCGGAUGGCUAUGCUCGAGUCAACGGCAUCGGUGCCCUGAUCACAACAUUUGGAGUCGGGGAGCUCUCUGCUCUCAACGCUAUCGCGGGCGCUUACUCCGAGUUCGUGCCCAUCGUUCACAUCGUGGGUCAACCCAGCUCUCAAUCGCAAAGAGAUGGAAUGUUGCUUCAUCAUACGCUCGGAAACGGCGACUUUGAUGUUUUCUCCAAGAUGAACACCGGAGUCUCCUGCUCACUUGCCCGCCUGACCGAAACCCUCGAGGUCGCGACCUUGAUUGACAACGCUAUUCGCGAAUGCUGGAUCCGUAGUCGUCCCGUCUAUAUCACUCUUCCCACCGAUAUGAUCACAAAGCAGAUUGAGGGUGAAAGACUUAACACGAAACUAGAUUUGUCACUUCCUCCGAAUGACACCGAGAAGGAAGACUAUGUGGUGGACGUCGUUCUGAAAUACCUCCAUGCCGCAAAGAAGCCCGUCAUUCUGGUUGAUGCAUGCGCUAUCCGCCAUCGUGUUCUCGACGAGGUGCACGAUCUGAUGGAGGCCUCCGGUCUGCCCACCUUCGUGGCUCCGAUGGGCAAGGGGGCUGUGGACGAGUCACAACCAAACUAUGGAGGAGUCUAUGCCGGCACAGGCUCGAACGCCGGCGUCCGCGAACAGGUCGAAUCUUCGGAUCUUAUUCUGAGCAUCGGUGCUAUCAAGUCGGACUUCAACACCAGUGGUUUCACCUACCGUAUCGGACAACUUAACACCAUCGACUUCCAUAGCACUUACGUGCGCGUGCGUUAUUCUGAGUACCCCAACAUCAACAUGAAAGGAGUAUUGCGCAAGGUCAUCCAGAAACUCGGCAAGGUGAAUGCCGAACCGGUUUCGCAUCUCUCGAACGCACUACCAGAGGAAGAGAAGACGUCUACCACUACCGAAAUCACUCACCAGUGGCUGUGGCCUAAGGUCGGACAGUGGCUCAAGGAAAACGACAUUGUCAUCACCGAGACUGGUACUUCAAACUUCGGUAUCUGGGAGACUCGGUUCCCCGCCAAUGUCACCGCCAUCAGUCAAGUCCUCUGGGGCAGCAUUGGCUACUCGGUCGGUGCCUGUCAGGGUGCUGCUCUGGCGGCCAAAGAACUCGGCAACCGCCGCACUGUCCUCUUUGUUGGCGACGGUAGUCUUCAGCUUACUGUGCAAGAGCUGAGCACCAUGAUCAGAAACAACCUCAACCCCAUUAUCUUCGUCAUCUGCAACAACGGAUACACCAUUGAACGGUACAUCCACGGCUGGGACGAGAGCUACAACGACAUCCAGCCCUGGGAUAUCAAGGGCCUGCCGACCGCUUUCGGAGCCGAGGACAAGUACACAGGCUACAAGGUCACCACUCGCGACGAACUCAAGCAGCUUUUCGCGAACGAGGAGUUCAACUCGGCGCCACACUUGCAGUUGGUUGAGCUUCACAUGCCCAGAGACGACGCACCUGCCGCACUGAAGAUCACCGCCGAAGCUGCUGCUGCGAGAAACAAGUAA